AUGCGGUGGCUCCUCUUCCCCACCAUCUUCAUCAUCCCUUGUACGCAACAGUUUGUCCACAGCCCACCAGUGAAGUCUGGAGAAAAACCUUCAGAAAGCGGUGAAGGCCACCAGCGCAAGGAGGUUUGUCACUGGCCGUGCAGAUGCCCGCCUGUGCCUACCUGUACACCCGGGGUGAGCUUGGUGAAGGACGGCUGCGGCUGCUGUAAGGUCUGUGCCAAGCAGUCAGGAGAGACCUGCAAUGAGGCAGACAUCUGCGAUCCCCACAAAGGCCUCUACUGUGACUACUCGGAGGACGAGCCUAGGUAUGAGACAGGCGUGUGUGCAUAUCUGGUAGCUGUAGGAUGUGAGCUCAAUGGAGUUUAUUAUCUUAACGGGCAGACCUUCCAACCUAACCCGCUUUAUAAGUGCCUGUGUAUCAGUGGUGCGAUUGGAUGUACGCCUGCAUUCACACCAAGAUUAGCAGCGAGUCCCUGCACCAGGGUGACAGGCAGGAAGAAGCCCGGACAAUCCGCCUGUGGCCCGGGACAGCACAAGCAGCUUCAAUCGACGAACUACAGGCGGAUGUCAGCUUACAGAAGCUUACCGCUAGUUUUGAAGAAAAAGUGCCUGGUACAGGCAACUCGCUGGACUCCCUGCUCCAGGACCUGUGGCAUUGGCAUAUCCAGCAGAGUGACCAAUGACAACAGAAAAUGUGAAAUGAAAAAAGAAAGGAGACUGUGCUUCAUCCAGCCUUGUCUGACCAACGUGCUGAAGACAGUAAAGAUUCCAAAAGGAAAAACAUGUCAACCAACAUUCCAGCUUCCUACAGCAGAAAAACUUCUUUUUUCCGGAUGCUCAACAACCCAAAGCUACAGACUGACUUUCUGUGGGGUGUGCUUGGACAAGAGGUGUUGCAUACCGAAUAAGUCCAAAAUGAUCACUGUACAGUUUGAGUGUCCCAGUGAAGGCUUCUUUAAGUGGAAGAUGAUGUGGAUAACAUCGUGCGUGUGUCAGAGGAUUUGUACUGCUCCAGGAGAUAUAUUCUCUGAACUCAAAGUCUUAUGA